ACGCCCCUGUCAGCCACCAGGGGGCGGUAGUGACGCAGUGAGCAGCUGUUGACACAGUAAAAGAAGACGCGGUGUAAACAGCGUGUAGAAAAGACGCAGAGUUUGACUCAGAUGAACACAACGCUGAGUUUCACUAGUUCUGCGGUGUUACUGUCCCAGUGUCACAGUUUAGUUGAUGAGACACAACGACAACACGUCCAGGGGCUUUGUUUCAUACAAAAUGGAGGAGGAGGAGGCCCUGACGAGUUACUGCAGGAAAAUGAUUCGCCGUGUCCGACUCAAACAGCAGCAGCUCCUCUCCCCGGGAGAGGAGGAGGACAGCAGGAGAGACGGACACGGAGGAGGCCACCAGAGGAGAGGCAGUGGAAGGCAGGUUGUUGCAGCAGGGGGAGAGAUGGCAGAUUCCACAGAGAGUAACCUCCCUCUGUUGGACUGCGCUAAACGACACAGACAACAACCUUCCCUCGGUCUCAUGUGUCAAGGUCCAGAAGUUCAGUCCGUCCCCCUUCAACUCAUCUCAAUGCUGAGGCUCCAAACUUUCAAGGAGGAUGUGAGGCGGGCUGCGGAGGUGGAGCUCCAUGAUCCCGCUGUCUGCAGCGCCUGUGAGCAGGAACAGGCUUCUCUGGCCUUGAGAAGUUUUAUCUGGAGGAAGAAGACACAACUGCAGAUGCAAACACUGAAGGGCAGACUAAACACACACUCGAGCAGCAGAGAUAGUGUCGGUCGGACAAGUUUCUGCAAAAAUCUCCCAAAGUCAUUAGAUGCCCCUCACUGGAUCUGGGAGGGACUACUUGGUGAAGAUAUGCGGGUCACAGCAACCUGGGGUUACCGUAGCAACCAGCAAGGAACGUGGAGUUGCCCUGGCAACAGAUGAAAUGAGGGGUCACCCUGACAAAAGCGCUACAGGAACUCAUUUAGCGAGACCUCACUGUCCUUUUCCUGACAGAUAGCUGCAGACAUGAUGGGCACAGUAUUAAUAUAAUAAAAGGGACAAAGUUGUGGUGGAGUCA